AUGCUGCCGUAUGACUCACACUUUGCGAUAUCAUCUACUGCUCUUUUCAACCUUGAUUCCGAUACCCACAACCUUCAAUUACCACGUCUCGAAGCUCCUACAGUCCAUUACCACACCCCUGUCACCCCAUCAAAGAUGUUUACCCUGCAGGCUCAACCUUCGUCCGGCCUAUUGGUACGCUAUCCAUACAUCAGCGCGAGUUACAACGACAAAACAACCUCAGACGUCACCCUCUGCUUUGGCGACAACGAAAAACUCCAUGCGCAUAAAGUCCUCUUACAAGGCGCCUCCGGCGUCUUCAACAGAGCCUUCAACAGCCUACUGCCAGUCGCCACAAAAACCGAGUAUAAAAUUCUGGAGCACCCAAGUGCUGUCGUCUACGCCAUGGUCAAAUACAUCUACGGCUCACCUCUCGAAGCCCCACCUGGUAUGGUUGCGGUAGAAGACCAAAUCGACUACCUCUUCAACAUUUUCGCCAUCGCCAAUGAGUAUGAAAUCCCUUCUCUGGGUGAAGCAGCCACCCAACGCAUCUUCCAGAUCAUAAAGUCGUGUUAUAUCGACGCCAGUUCACAUCGCCUAGUUCCCUGCGAUCAGGUCCUACAAGGAAGAAAACAGUUUGGCUCUAUUGUGGCGAAAACAGCACAUCUGUACAUGAAUUACGAGAUUGCAGAUAAGUGUUUGAUGGAUGGUGUUAUCGAAGCUUGUUUUGAGCUUACACCUGGCUUUGUGUGGUUGGAGGAUAACAUCCAUCUUUCGGAAAUAAUUGAGGCGCUGGAUCCGUUUAGUGGACGGUUGCUGAGACAAGGUGUUUUCAGGAUGAGGAGAAAUCCUGCUGUCACGCGGCCAUUUUCUCAGCCAUGGUUUGGCCAUGUUUGA